AGCACUCUUAUUGCAAAAUGUUUAAUUAUUCACACAUUUUAAGUAAAUAAUUAAGAAAUUUCAAGCGAAUAAACUGCAAAAUGAGCAAAUAAAAUUUGUAUAAUUAAAUAAACAGUAUCUGAAAAGCAAUUAAAUUAUAAAGAAACCUUAAAAGUUAAAUUUUCAAGUGUCGUAUAACAUUGGCAAUGAAAUAUGAAAACUACACCCACUCUCUAUUAAUAAUCGUUUGGAACAAGAGAGAAGUGAAAAAAUAAACAACACAACUACGGGAAAAUAAUAAAACAAUAACAACAAUUUUUAAUAAUAGUUAAAAGCAGUACAUCCAUCUACUAAAAAUAGAUAAACAACUCAGAUAUUGUGAAGAAUAAUUGUUAUAUGGUGAAUACUAAGUAUCAAAAGAAAGCAACAUUUAUAAGAAGCACAACAACAACAAUAACAAACAUUGACUUUUUUUAAACAAUAGAAAGUGAUUACUCAAGUGUUUGAGGCAGAAAGAAAUUCACAUAAAUAGUAAAUGGUUUUUAUAAUUUUGUUGUUGUUAAGUUAGCAAAUAACAACAGCAAAAAUAUAUACUUUUGAAAUAAAUAAUAUAUAAAGCUAAAUACAUAAUAUAAAAAAAAACAGCGAAACUAUGACGUCUUUAGGGGGAGCAACCAUACCCACCAUAUCAGCUGCUGUUUCCACAACCAGCUUAUCAUCAAAGUCAUCACGAAACAAUUCUAAUGAUGCGUUAAAUUCUAACAAUGAAAAGCAACAACAACAUAUGUCAACAAAAGAUUUUAUACAGCAAAAACUAAAAGAGAACGAAAAUGUGUUAUCGAUCUUUGAAGCAUAUCAAAUUGUAGGCCAACAACAUACUAGUCGUGUAUUGAGUUUGGUGGUAUCCGUUGCGGGUGGCACAUAUGCGGUCUUUUCUAUGACUGCUACCCGUUUGCCGCCUAGGAACAGUAGCGAUCUCACCAUUGACAAAGUUUUUCCUUUAAAUGAAACUUUUCAAAUUGGUUAUGAAAAAAAGGGUGCCAUUUCCCAAUUGUCAUUUACCUUAAGAAAUGCCGAUGAAACACCCUCAAAAUACUAUUACUAUCCCAUUAUAACCGAUGAAGAUUCUUCGGAUUUCAAUACAUUUCAAGCGCAAGUAAUCUCAGCUAAAAUGUCCAUGUUGCAUACAACGAACGAAAUGAAUGCGCUGAGUUUUUCAUGGAUUAAUGACUAUCGCCAGAUAGGCGAGGUUAAACAGGAAAUGAAGCGUAGAGAAAAUGAAUAUAUUAAAUAUAAAGAUUUUACAAUCUACUGUGCCACUUACAAUGUAAAUAAUAAAUCAUAUUGUGAUUCACCUUUACACUUAUGGCUGGCAGCCAGUGAACAGCCACCAGACAUUUAUGCUAUUGCUUUGCAGGAAUUGGAUACUUCAGCUAAGGCUAUAACAUUUAGUGAAAAUCGUCCGGAUGCUUUUUGGAUCAACAAAAUGCUGGAAAGUGUCCAUGACAAGGGCGAAUAUGAAGAACUUACCUCGGUGCGUUUGGUUGGCAUGAUGUUGACCGUUAUUGUUAAACGCCAGAUACGUUCUUCUAUUACUCGCUACAACGUCAAGUCUAUAGCUCGUGGCAUUCUAAAUGCUUUGGGCAAUAAGGGUGGCGUGGCCGUUAGUUUGCAGCUGAAUGAGGCCAAUUUGUGUUUUGUUAAUUCACAUUUGGCUGCUCAUAUGGGUUUUGUUGAAGCACGCAAUGAGGAUUAUGCUGGCAUUGUAAAGGGUUUGGUGUUUGACGAUGAACUGCGGCGGACUAUUAAUGAUCAUGACCACAUUUUCUGGAUUGGUGACUUAAACUAUCGCAUUGAAGAGCCACCCGGCCUACAAUUACCCAUGUCUCGUUCGGCUGUCAAUGCUGCCGAAAUGCUUUUACCCUACGACCAACUGCGUCAAGAGAUGCGUAAAGGCAACUGUUUCGAGGGCUAUACUGAGGGCCCCAUAAAAUUCCGUCCGACCUACAAAUAUGAUCCCGGUACUGAUAACUUCGAUAGCAGUGAAAAGCAAAGAGCGCCGGCCUAUUGUGAUCGCAUAUUGUGGAAGGGGUCACGUAUACAGCAAUUGGCUUAUGACAGUGUUAUGGACAUAAGGCAAAGUGAUCAUAAACCAGUCUAUGCGGUAUUUCGUGUCAAUAUAAAGACACGUGACGACCACCUGUACAAGAGGGUACACGAAGAGGUAUUAAAGUUGCUGGAUAAGCGAGAGAAUGAGAGUCAACCUCAGAUUACGGUAGAGAAGACUAUAAUCGAUUUUGGUAUGGUGAGAUUUAAUGAGCAGGCGGUUAGUGAUUUUACGGUUUCGAAUGCUUGUCCCAUUCCCGUUGAUUUUGAAUUUAAACGUAAAGACGCCCCUUUGAAUGAUAUUUGUGAGAAAUGGUUAAGGGUGGAGCCCAGAGCAGAAAUGUUAAUGAUUGAUUCCACCAAAAGUAUACGUGUUAAAUUAAUGGCAAAUGCUGAUUCUAUUACGGGCUUGCUGCAUAAAUUACGCACUACUGGCAAUUGGAAAUUUGAUUUUGAUAUCUUGAUACUGCAAGUGAAAAAUGGCCCUCACAUUUUUAUAACUGUAACAGGCGAAUAUAAGCCUAGUUGCUUUGGUUUAUCUAUGGAAACUUUAUGUCGUACAGAUCGUCCCUUGUGUGAAUAUAAUCAGCAGCAAAUUAAAGAAUUGAUGAAUGAUGAUUCUCCAGAAUUUCGUGUCACCAUGCCCAGAGAAUUCUUUUUAUUAAUCGAUUAUUUGCAUAAACAAGGUCCCAAAGUUGAGGGAGCUUUUUCAUUAAGUUCUUUGGAGUUUAAACAUGCCAAGGAUGUUAAAUUUAAUUGCAUCAGGGAUUGGUUGGACUCUUGGUCCAGUAAUGAAUUCCCUAAUACACCCCAUGCUGCGGCAGAAGCUUUACUUAUGCUACUAAACUUACCCGAGAAGCCUUUACUUGAUCCCUAUGUAGAUGAUCUCAUAAAAACCAAUACCACCGCCGAGGCCAUGGAAUUGGUAGCCCAACUGAGUUCACCCAAACGUAAUGUGUUUGUACAUUUAUGUAUGUUUUUGAGAGAGGGCAUUGAACGCAAAUACUACAAUCCCAUGCAUGUGGCCACCAUAUUUGGUCGCGUUUUAUUGCGUAGCACUACCAAAUCGGUAGAUUAUUAUCGUGAUACACGUUGUCGUGAAUUUAUGCAACGUUUUGUUACAACUGGCAGUGAAAUGGGUACAUUGUCCUCAUCCACCUCCUCCAAUUCGUCCACAUCAUCAUCAACUGCAGCUGCUGGUGGCCUUGCAAAAACGCCUACAACUCCUGCUGCCUCAUCGCAUUCUAAUACGGCAUCUGCUUCAAAGAGCAAUAUAGUGGAAAUGACUUAAUUUUUUAUUGUUUUUCUAAGGUUUUUCUUAAGUUUAAGUUUUGUUUUCUUUAAGAAAUAUUUAAUAUUUAUUAUUUUGUUCGUUCACUUUUUUCUUUCAAAAGCAAUAUUUUAUGUUUAAGUUAUUGGUUUU